GACACUCCCUUCUCACUUCAGUGCUUACUCAUCCACGAAAUCCAGCGCUGGAUUCCAAGAUCCUGCUCGCGUGGAGAUUUAAAACUGGACAGAGGCAUGAUAGUCCAGAAGAGAAGACGGAGGGAUGCGAGUGCGUUUGGUGCCAUGAUUAACAUCCAGUUUUUACCUGUGUGCUCCUGAGAAGAACGGAAAGACAAGUCAAGUGGUCUAGCACUCAAGACAGCUGAUGAGGAACAGCAGGAAGAAGAAAUCUGACAAAGUAUGGCUGCACCUGAUCUUUUAGAUCCUAAAUCAGCCACACACAACACCAAACCACGGCUGUCGUUCUCCUCCAAGCCCAUUGUAUAUAACUCGGGGGAUGAUUGUGAUACCAUAACCACCGUAAUGAAGUGGAAAACAGUAGUGGCAAUCUUCCUGCUGGUUGUUCUGUAUCUGAUAAUCGGAGCCAAAUGGUCUGAACCUCAAGUGGUGUUUGCUAUCCGGGCCGGGGUCAAUCCCUCAGGUCACCCCUCCAAUGAGAGCAGCAUGUGGGACCUCAGCAGCUCCUUCUUCUUUGCAGGGACUGUCAUCACCACUAUAGGCUUUGGCAACGUCUCUCCACACACAGAAGGAGGCAGGAUCGUUUGCAUUAUCUAUGCGCUGCUGGGGAUCCCACUCUUUGGGUUCCUAUUGGCUGGAGUGGGCGAUCAGCUGGGAACCAUAUUUGGCAAAGGAAUCGCCAAAGUGGAAAAGAUGUUUGUGAAAUGGAACGUGAGCCAAACUAAAAUCCGUGUGACAUCCACGGUCCUGUUCAUCCUGUUUGGGUGCCUGCUGUUUGUGGCCCUUCCCGCCCUCAUCUUCCAGCACAUUGAAGGCUGGAGCACUCUGGAGUCCAUCUACUUUGUUGUCAUCACUUUAACCACUAUUGGAUUUGGAGACUUUGUGGCAGGAGGCUCUGAGAUUGAGUAUUUGGACUAUUAUAAGCCCAUUGUGUGGUUCUGGAUCCUGGUGGGUCUUGCCUACUUCGCUGCAGUUCUCAGUAUGAUUGGAGACUGGCUUCGAGUCAUCUCCAAGAAGACCAAAGAGGAGGUGGGAGAGUUCCGCGCUCACGCUGCAGAAUGGACAGCUAAUGUGUCCGCGGAAUUUAAAGAGACACGCCGCCGCCUGAGCGUGGACAUUUACGACAAGUUUCAGCGGGCAGCAUACAUCAAGCGCAAGCUGUCAUCAGAGCUAGGCCAAAAUCCAGGUCAGGACAUGAUGCCGUGCAAGAGGACCCUGUCUGUAAACUUCACAGAUGAACUUGAGAAAGAAGGUCUCCCAACCUUGACCAAAAAUGGCAGCCUGUACCUGAACGGUCUUACUCCGGACUGUCUUGAUCAUGGCGAGAUAUCCAUCAUUGAACAUCUCAAAUAAAGCUCAAGCUUCUCCUGCACAUGCUAUAACCGAACAGGAAGAUACAUUUGUGUCUACAACUAUGUUUGUUCACAAAGCUUUAUCAGAAGCGUUCAUAACUUUCCUGGAUGUGUACUGAUGUACUAGAAUCAGUGAGAGGGUGACUUUAUGCCUUGUGCCAGUCAAAUUAAUCUGUCUAUACAUUUUGUAGGAAUUAAGAUGUUUGAUAAAGUCUGUAUUCUUGAGCAAAACAAGACAGCUGCUUUUAUUAUCCAGUGAAUCAUAUUUGUGCCUUAAAAUCACCAGGAAUAGACUUCCCAGAAGCUGCUACACUGAUACUGAGAAAUGUAUUGUUUUUUUGUUUUUUUUGAGAAUGAACCACCAAUCUUAUCCAAACACUGGCAAACCUAAUUGGUUCUUGGAUGCGUUUCCCAAACCCAGCAUGUGUGAGUGUCGGUUCAAAAACUAUUACAGGGUAUCAGGCAAGAAUGGCUGAGCGUUUAUGAUAUUGACAGAGCUGUGACUGGUGCUUCACCAGUUUAGUUUAUAUCUUGUAUUAGCACAUUAGAUUAUUUUUUUAAAUCCACAUACACAUUCGGUUUAAAUGCAGCUGUGACCGAAAAGGCAUGAAACAGUGUUGGAGUGGAAGCAUCUCAGCUUGUUUCAUUGCAUAAUUUUAGAUGCGAUGUGCACCGAUAGCAUGAUUCUGUAAGCAAAUGAAAGUUUUUUGAUAGUAUUGGUC